CUCCUCCUCCUCCUCCCUCCCCCUCCCCGAUAAUCCCCGCUUUACUUUUAUGAGGCGAUUCCCGGGAACCGGCGGCAGCGGCGGCGACGGCGCGGCGACGAUUUCUGCCUUGUAAAUACUGUUAUUUGUAUAUACUGUAAAUGAUGACAUCGGUAGGCACCAACCGAGCCCGGGGAAGCUGGGAGCAGACACAGACACAGACCCAGGCACAGCACAAGCAGAGGCCACAGGCCACUGCGGAGCAAAUUCGGCUUGCGCAAAUGAUCUCGGACCACAACGAUGCUGACUUUGAGGAGAAAGUGAAACAACUGAUCGACAUCACAGGGAAGAAUCAGGACGAGUGUGUGAUUGCCCUUCACGACUGCAACGGAGAUGUCAACAGAGCCAUCAACGUGCUGUUGGAGGGGAACCCAGACACGCACUCCUGGGAAAUGGUGGGGAAGAAGAAAGGCGUGUCGGGACAGAAAGACAACGGGCAGACGGAACCCAGCGAAGAAGGCAAAGAGAACCGGGAAAAAGAGCGGGACUUCAGCCGGCGACGGGGGAGCGGCUUGCCCCGAAGAGGCCGCGGAGCCAGCCGUGGGAGAGAAUUUCGGGGCCAAGAGAACGGACUGGAUGGCAGCAAGACAAGUGGAUCUUCUGGCAGAGGCACGGAGAGAGGCCGGCGGGGACGUGGGCGAGGCAGAGGCGGAUCUGGACGACGGGGAGGAAGAUUUUCUGCCCAAGGCAUGGGGACUUUCAACCCCGCCGACUAUGCAGAACCCACCAGCACGGACGAAGGUUACGGCAAUAACAGCAACACAUGGAACAGCACGGGAAGUUUUGAGCCGGAUGAUGGGACGAGUGCCUGGAGGACAGCAACGGAGGAGUGGGGGACUGAGGACUGGAAUGAAGAUCUUUCAGAAACGAAGAUCUUCACUGCCUCCAAUGUCUCCACAGUGCCGCUGCCUGUGGAAAAUGUGACCAUCACAGCUGGACAGAGAAUCGACCUUGCAGUGCUCUUAGGGAAGACACCUUCCUCUCUGGAGAACGAAUCUCCCAACUUGGAUUCCUCCCAAGCGCCGGCUCUCAACCAGCCCCUGGUCUUCAGCAAUUCGAAGCAAAGUACCGUCUCUCAGUCUGCUUCGGCCAACACUUUCUCCCACCACGGCAUGGUCGGCAUGCUGGCAAAGGGCUUCAGCGAAGUGGGGGAGGGGAAGAGCAGCAGCAGUGCCGCCGCCGCCACCACCACCACGACCGGCUCUCAGUUCCUGGAGCAGUUCAAGACCGCCCAGGCCCUGGCCCAGCUGGCUGCCCAACAUCCCCAGCCCUCCGGAAGCAGCAACGCGGCCUCCUCGUGGGAGAUCGGCAGCACGAGCCAAUCUUCCUCCCUUGUGCAGUAUGACCUAAAGAACUCCUCAGAACCGGCGGCGCACAGUCCCUUCACCAAACGGCAGGCCUUUUCCCCCACCUCUGCCAUGAUGGAAGCGUUCCUCCAGGAAAAGCAGCCGGCGGCGACGGCCUCCUCCGUUUCGGCUCCGCCGCCUCCGUCCUCCCCACUCGCCACCAAAACUAACCCAGUCUCCCAGAUGUCACCGGAUUCCUCCAGCCCUCAGCCGGCCCAGCAGAAAUUAAAACAACAGAAAAAGAAGGCCUCCUUGACAUCAAAGAUUCCAGCUCUGGCAGUGGAGAUGCCCGGUUCGGCGGACAUUUCGGGGCUCAACUUGCAAUUCGGGGCCUUGCAGUUUGGUUCGGAGCCCGUCCUCUCCGAGUACGAAGCCCCCCCUGCUCCAAGCACCACGGCCAGCCAGCCUCCCAACAGCCUCUACACGAGCACCGCCAGCGAGUCUCUGCCCACGAUUUCCUACAAGAGCCAGGAUCCGGCCUUCCCGAGUGGCACCAUGCCCACCGCAACGUAUACCUCCCAGAACAGUGCUCAGGGACCACUGUACGAGCAGAGAUCCACUCAGACCCGGCGGUACCCCAACUCCAUCUCGUCCUCGCCCCAAAAAGACUUAAGCCAGGCCAAGAAUGGCUUCAGCUCGGUGGCACCGACGCAGUUGCAAACCACCCAGACAACUGAAGGUUCCGCCGGGUCUGCUGUCAAAUCCGACUCCCCUUCGGCCCCCAGCAUCACCGCCCCUCUGAGCGACGCCGUCGCCGCCUCCCUGUUGACCACAGCCACCCAGCAUUCCUCGGUGCUGAGCAGCCUGAAUCACGCCGAGGAGCUCUCGAAUACAGCCGCCACGCAACACAGCAGUACCUUACCUGCCCAACAGAACAGCCUCUCUUCCUCAACUUCCUCUGGUCGCACGUCAACUUCGACUCUCUUGCACACCAGCAUGGAGAGCGAAGCCGUGCUCCACUCUUCUACAAGCACUUUCUCCACCGCCUCCAGUACCGUCUCGGCUGCACCGCCGGUGGUGAGCGCUCCCUCAAGCCUGAGCAGCGUCAGCAGCCUGGGCCUGAGCCUCAGUAAUAACUCCACCGUGACGGCCACCACACGCAACUCCAUAGCCACGACGUCAGGUGAAAGGCUCCCCCAACCUGCUCCCGGCGUGCCACCAUUAUUGCCGAACCCGUACAUCAUGGCGCCAGGGCUGCUGCACGCCUACCCGCCCCAAGUUUACGGCUACGAUGACUUACAGAUGCUGCAGACAAGGUUCCCCUUGGACUACUACAGUAUCCCGUUCCCCACCCCAACCACCCCUCUGACCGGAAGAGAUGCAAGCUUGAAUAGCAACCCUUAUUCUGGUGAUCUCACGAAAUUUGGCCGAGGCGAUGCCUUCCCCGCGCCGGCGACCACGCUGGCCCAGCCUCAACAGAACCAGACCCAAACGCAUCAUACCACCCAACAGACCUUCCUCAACCCGGCCUUGCCGCCUGGCUACAGUUAUACCAGCCUGCCCUACUACACUGGGGUUCCUGGGCUGCCCAGCACCUUCCAGUACGGGCCCGCUGUCUUUCCCGUCGCCCCGACUUCUUCCAAACAGCACAGCGUCAAUGUCAGCGUGAAUGCCUCGGCCGCCCCAUUUCAGCAAGCCAGUGGUUAUGGGUCCCACGGAUACAGCACGGGAGUUUCUGUAACAUCCAGUAACACAGGAGUGCCUGAUAUCUCUGGGUCUGUUUAUUCUAAAACACAGCAGUCCUUUGAGAAGCAGGGAUUUCACACUGCGCCAGCGGCCUCCUUCAACUUGCCGUCGGCGCUGGGCAGGGGCCCCAUCAACCCUGCCACGGCCGCGGCCUACCCCCCGGCUCCCUUCAUGCACAUCCUGACCCCCCACCAACAACCUCACUCCCAAAUCUUGCAUCACCAUUUGCAGCAAGAUGGGCAGAGCAGCACCGGCCAGCGCAGCCAAGGCAGUUCCAUCCCGCAGAAAUCACAGGCUAACAAGUCGGCCUACAACAGCUACAAUGGGGCGCCAACUGACCCCCCCCCCCUUCUUCUUCUCCUCCUCCACGGCGGCAGCAGCAGCAGCAGAGUGACACUUCAACCGAGAGACCGGCAGAAGGACCACGACCGAGACCCAUAAAAAAAAAAAA